AUAACAACACAGGACAGGGGACAACUUAGAGGAAUCAUCCUGAAUUCGACCCAGGAACCUACGUUGUCAUCAGUUUUGAUCUCUCAUGAAUCACCACUAGUCGAGAUUUCGUAGUUGCCUUCCUUAGUAUGUCAUGCGGAAGGGACAGGUUGGCACAGGUGUGUACCAUGGCGGGAUUUCGUUAUUUCAAGAUGGCGACGGCACGAUCUAAGAAAGUUAAAGAAUUCCUCACCUGUGUGAUCUGCCAGGAACUGUACACAGAUCCCUGUACACUGAGGUGUGAUCACACAUUCUGCAGGAAAUGUGUCACAGGAUACAUCCAAACCAGACCAGAUGCUGUACAAUCCAAGACGAUCCCCUGUCCCUGCUGUCGACAAGAUACAAAGGUCCCCCACCCAAGCAGGCCCGUGGCAGAGUGGGCCACCCAGAUCAAACCCAGCAUCAUUAUACAGGGGCUGAUUGACACUCAAGCUGAGGUUGUCAAAACAGGUUCCGCUUCAUGUUGCUCAGUGUGUGAGAAGUUAGGGGAGACAACUCCGGGAGCCUCAUGGUGUUCUGAGUGUCAAGUGUCCCUCUGCAAAAGAUGUGUCAAGAUACAUCGUGCAAGUCCAGCAUCACAUGACCAUGAAACAUGUGACCUUUCAGGGGAGGUCAAGGUGAAAAGGAGACGCAAGGUCAUGUGCAGGGAACACAAGGAUGAGGUUAUAAAGCUUGUGUGUAAAGACUGCCACAAAGCUGUGUGUCAGACAUGUUGUGUUGUUUACCAUAGGAAAUGUGAGUCUGUCGUUACCAUUCAGUCAAUGUUGCCAAACCUGAAAUACCAUUUAAGAAGGCAUGCUAAACAGUUAUCAAAGAAAACACAUAGAAAAGAAAAAAUUGUUAAGAAAACAGACAAGAAAAUUAGCGGAAUUGAGAAAAACAAAAUAGCAGUAGAAAAUCACAUUAAAUCUGCUGUUGAGAGAGCCAUAGCCAACAUCAAGCAAAAAGAAAAACAGUUGAUGAAUGAAUUCAAGGAUAUUACAGACAAACAAACCAAGCAACUUAAAGCAGAUGUUAAACUUGAAGAGAUUGAGAUGCAGAUGUACAAACAACAUUGUGAGUUCAUUGACCAGGCCUUGGUAUCGGAAUGUGAGAUGGACCUGUAUGACGCGUAUCAGACUUGGGAUUCGGGGGCUGUAGAGUUGGGGGAUGUCAGGGACACAGACACAGCAGACACACGGAGAAUAGAAGACAUCAGGUUUACACCCGACACUGACAACGUCCAGCACAUCCUAGAUGACCUACAGUUGGGGAAGAUUGACGUCACAUACCAGGAUCAGGGACCAUGUCUGACGUCUCCAGUGCUGGUUGACGUGAUAGAUGGGAGAAUGGCGGUUGAUGAGGUGGAGCCUUAUAUACGUGACAUCACAGUCCUGGUUGUAGGUGGUAUACAGACAUGUGUUGUCAGUGACUUAAAUAACAAGUGUGUGAAAUCCUUCUACACUAGAAACAACGUGACAUGCCACAGGAAACUUCCCCUGGACGACUCUCCAUGGGGUGUGACACAGUUGAAGGAAAACCUGGUGAUGGUUGCUGUCCCUGAAUCCAGUCAGAUUGUAACAGUAGCAGUAACCCCUGACCUUGUGCUGCUCUCAACCAUCACAACAAGCAAGUGGUACGUCAGUCUCGCUGUUCUGAAUCCUUCAUCUCUAGCAGCAGGUACUUGGGACUGUGUUGAUAUCCUGGACAUGGGGGGACACGUGCUGAGGUCAGUUACUACACACAACAAUGAGACACUGUUUCCCUCCCCCUGGUACAUGUGUGUCAAUAACAAGGGCAAAAUACUCGUGUCUGACAGGGGUGAGCAGUCUGUGACUUGUGUGACGUCAGAGGGGGAUGUUGUGUGGAGAUACGCCCCUACCGGAGACAGAACACUCAUCCCUUGUGGUAUCUCAACUACUCCAACAGGAGACAUCCUGGUUGCAGACAGGAACAAGGUGAUACGGCUGACAGAGACAGGGGAUUAUGUCACAGAUCAUCAGGGCAUUUGCUUUGAUCCACUGGGAUUGUAUGUAGAUAGACAUGACACACUGUAUGUUUGUGGUGAAGGUCAGACACACGAAGUCAGCUUCAUGUAGUCACACCAACCACUGCAUGCUUUUAAUCAUCACUAUCGCUGGUGUUAAAUUCACUAUAACAACUCAAAAUGGACUCUUCCGAUUGGGGUGUGAAUGAUCAUAUCAUAUCAUGUCCACAUUAUUACACAUCACAUUAUGUGUUUUGCAACCUGGUUCUCUUUAUUAAAUUGCCUCCGUGUUCUCGUAAGUACGGUGUCGACCGGGAAGGCGAAAAGCCCGUGGUUUGAUCCCAAUCUGCUCAAGAGAUACCAAUACUUCACUCUAUUCUUAGUAGAUAUGAUAUGGUUUACUUGUUAUUGAAGUGCUCACAUGACUUUUUGGACCUGUGGAUGGUCACUUGAUAUAUUGUUCAAUGACACUAAUGAGUUCCCAACUCUUGAGACCAUCAGUGGGUUCCCGGAUCGGGUUGAUUACCCGGGCUGUAGAUUUGGACUCGUCCCAGCUCCAGUCAGUAUCAUGUUAGGUACAUGGUCCAUUGCACCGUGGUCAUAGAAUGUUUUUUUACUUUACUAGAUAGAAGAUAGGGUGUUCCAUAUAGGAUGUUUGUGAUGUAAUGAAGUUUGUUUUGUUGAACGUUAUGGUGAGCCACUUAAUAACAAAUAGCUCCUGAAUUAUACUUGUACAGAGGAACACUUCAACAAUUGUGUAAUUGUGUCCAUAUCAAUAGUGAUUAUAAUAGUGUGGUAUGUAUAAUUCAUUUCGUUGUUCAAUUGUCAAA